AUGGCUGAGCAGGAACAAUCUGACCCCCAGGGCCCUCAGCGGUCAGCUUCCAGCAGCAGUGAAGACCUUCAUAACUUCCUGCCAGCUAUUGGCAGCCCUCAAGAUGGAGGCCAGGAGCCUCGGCCCACCUUCCAGUAUCAAUACCCGAGCUUCCCGAAGCCCUCACCGGCCCCUGGUAAUCGCCGGAUCAGUAUCCAGUCUCUGCCUGCAGCUGUCACCACCCGCCCUAUCCGCCACCAAGAGCUCCUACCCCCUGUCCAAAGCCGCCAGCCCAGUAUCCAAGAAUCUCCACCAGCUGUCCAUAGUCACCGGGUCAGCACCCAAGAACCUCCAUCUGCUGACCCCGGUCGCCGGAUCAGUACCCAAGAGCCCGUACCUAUUAUACACGGUCGCAAGGUCAGUACCCAAGAGUCACUAUCUCCUCAUGGUCGGCGGGUCAGUAUUCAAGAACCGCUACCUACUACCCACAGCAGCCAGGUCAAUGUGAAAGAGCCUUUGCCUACUGCCCACACCAGCCAGGUCAGUAUCGAAGAGCCCCCACCCACUCAACGCAUUGGUCGGCGGGUCAGUAUCCAAGAGCCCCCACCCUCAACCCGGACUCGCCGGGUCAGUAUCCAAGAACCUCCACCCACCACCUUUGGCCGCCGGCUCAGUGUCCAAGGGCCUCCACCCGUCGCGCACGGUCGCCGGCUCAGCGUCCAAGGGCUCCUACCAGCUGUACCAGCUGCUCCCCAACUUAGCAUCCAAGAAUCUCCACCAGCUGUCCGCAGUCGCCAGCCCAGCAUCCAAGAAUCUCCACCAACUGCCCAUGCUCUCUGGCUCAGUGACCAGGAAUCUGCACCAGCCUCCGCUGCUCACCGGCCCAAGGUCCAAGGAUCUCCACCGGCUGCCCGCACUCACCGACCCAGUGUCCACGGAUCUCCACCGGCUGCCCGCACUCACCGGCCCAGUGUCCACGGAUCUCCACCGGCUGCCCGCACUCACCGACCCAGUGUCCACGGAUCUCCACCGGCUGCCCGCACUCACCGGCCCAGUGUCCACGGAUCUCCACCAACUGCCCAUGCUCACCGGCCCAGUGUCCAAGGAUCUCCAUCGGCUGCCCGCGCUCACCGGCCCAGUGUCCAAGGAUCUCCAUCGGCUGCCCGCACUCACCGGCCCAGUGUCCAAGGAUCUCCACCAACUGCCCAUGCUCACCGGCCCAGUGUCCAAGGAUCUCCAUCGGCUGCCCGCGCUCACCGGCCCAGUGUCCAAGGAUCUCCAUCGGCUGCCCGCGCUCACAGGCCCAGUGUCCAAGGAUCUCCAUCAGCUGCCCGUGCUCACAGGCCCAGUGUCCAAGGAUCUCCAUCGGCUGCCCACGCUCACCGGCCCAGUGUCUAUUCGGCUUAUGCCAGCCAACUCACCGCCUACCAGACAAUCACCCCGACUCUCGACCUCCCCAGCAAGCAAACCUGGACCAAUGUCCGUGUCCCCCCAUCUAUUACCCAGAGCCCUGAGGCCAGUGUCGAGAGCCUUGAAUCAGUUACCUGGAGCUCCCAGGCAUUUCCCAAAGAAAGUAGACCCAGCUUGCAACUCAGCCAGGGCUUUCCUGAUGACCCGCACGACUUCAUAUUAGACAGUUCCGCUGGCAUUAACUCUGCCAGGUUUCAGAAAAGCAGCAGCCGUCAGUUACGGCUGCCCCUAUGCUGGCGGCUGCUCCACGAGGCCAAGAAGAUCAGCCGCCAGCUGAGCCUGGUGCUGAACCUGGCCGGCCUGCUCAUCAUCAGCCUGAUCUCUCUGGGACAGCCCUGGAUGCACUUCGAGGUGCCACUGAAGCCUCCCGGGGACCCUGCCGGUACCCCGACCAUACCCAUCAACACCAUCCUCUUCGUGAGGUGCUCCGACAUCUCCUGCCUGAAAGAUUAUGACCAGUAUGCUUAUUUGCUGGACUUUGCCUGGACCUUCCUCUUCGUCUCCAGCAUCACCAGCAUCUGCUUGUGCACGGCCCUCAUCCUCCUCAUCUUCUUCACCAGCUCCAACCCCGCCAUGGUGGACUUCUUCCUCUUCAUUGGCAGCAUCAUGACAGGCACGGCCAUCGCACUGGGCGUCCAGUUCUACCUGUGGCAGGCCGACAGAUACCUGCAGGAAGGCAUGACCUACCAGCUGGGCAUCAGCUUCUACCUGGCGUGGAGCAGCGUCUUCCUGUUCCUGAUAACUGGUUUCUUCUCCUACCUGAAUUACAUGAAUUUCUGGUCCAUCCUGGCACUGCAGGCUGUCUGGACUUAGGAUCCUCCACCCACCAUGCUUGGUACAGCAGGCACCCCUGCCCUAGCACCAUCCCCUCUGAGAACCCCAUG